GCAGCUCCCUGAUUGUUUCUAAUUCUGCUAUUAAUUCUAAUGGUACUGCCGAUUCUCUCAGCUCCAGCCCGAACAUUUCCAGUGCUGCCAGCCCGAAGCUGGAGCCGCCUCCGUCACCGCAUGCGAACAGGAAGAAGCACCGCAGGAAAAAGAGCACAGGGACGACUCGGCCUGAUGGCCCCAGCGCAGCAGCAGAAGAACCAGAUGAGCCCUUUGAGUUCAUUAUCGUGUCCCUGACGGGCCAGACGUGGCUCUUUGAGGCCUCAACGUCAGAGGAGCGAGAGCUUUGGGUCCAGGCCAUCGAGAGCCAGAUCCUGGCCAGCCUGCAGGGCUGUGAGAGCAGCAAAAAUAAGGCUCGGCUGGGCAGCCAGGGCGAUGCCCAGGCCAUGCAGGCCGUCCGCACCGCGCGUGGGAACAGCUUCUGUGUGGACUGCGAUGCACCAAAUCCAGACUGGGCCAGUCUAAACCUGGGCUCCCUCAUGUGCAUUGAGUGUUCCGGGAUCCACCGCAACCUGGGCACCCACCUGUCCCGUGUGCGCUCCUUGGACCUGGAUGACUGGCCUAGCGAGCUUCUCAUGGUCAUGACAGCCAUCGGCAACGCCCUGGCCAACGCUGUCUGGGAAGGAGCAGUGGAAGGCUACCCCAAGCCCACCCCCGAGAGCAGUCG